CGGGGAUGCUGGCGCCGAACCGGAGGAGACGGCGAGGGUCAGUUCGUUUAAGCGGGCGCGGACUUUCCUCAGUGAUGGCUUUGGGUUUUAUUUCCUCCUGGACCCGCGCCCUGUUGAGUGAUUCUCUUCCUCCUCCGUGUCCUGCUGCUUGGGCCGCGGCCAGCAGGCGGCUUCCGGGAAGUCGACAGGCCAUCCCUCGCAAUGUUGGUGUAUUUACGAACAAGUUCCAGACGGUAUCGUGGCAGCGGCAAAUAUGGAUGCUCCCUGUGGGUCAAAUUGUUGCUCAGCGCCUUCCAUUCCAUUGAGAGGUCCAGGAAGUCUACAGCUGCCACUUGGGAAGACAGUUCACUUAGGAGUUCUCCUCAUUCUGCUGGUCCAGUUUGGCAGCACUCAGUGACAACAGGGCUGAGAAAAACCGCUCUCAAAAUUAGCAUGGAACCAGUGAGUGAACUGAGGUGGAGGCAAUUGGGACCCAACAUGCUCAGCUUUCUGUGCCAGGUACUACUGAUACUACCGUGGUUUGUUGCCAACACGAAAUUGAAGGAAAUGCUGUUUCGGUUAGAGAUGAGCGAAAACGACCAUAAACUUGCUCACCUACUCAAGGUCCCUGAGGGUCCCAGGGUAAGAAGCCCUGCGCUGGGAGCGGCGCCAGAGAACCACCGAGCUGCGCGCAAUGGCAUCCUAGAGAGGAAGCACGUGCGGCCUGGGCGGCGCGCUCGGGGUGACGCACUUCCGGUCACGCCGGCCACGGCGCCUUGUCGGAGCCCCUGCCCUUCACUGAGAAGGAGCCCAGGUGAUGGCAGCCAUGCCCCUGAAAGCCUGGUACCAGCUCACCCCACUUCUGAUCUUCCGUACGUACUGGAGAGUCACCGGUACCACCGUCUCCAAGUCCUGACCACUCACUUUUUAGAUUGCUGCAUGCUAUUGACACUUCUUCCUGGGUACCGCUUCCAGAGAGUCACCAGGUCCGAUUGCUUCUGCCUGCUACCUCUUCCACUUGUCCCAUAUUUUACAUUGCCUUCCUUCAAGUCCAGGUUUCUCAGAUGUAGUGUGCAUCACAGUCACCUGGAGGGUUCAUUGAUGGAACAUUUACUCUCGGAUGGGGCCUGCCAGUGUGCCUUUCCACCAUCUCUAAUAGGACUCCUCCCUCAUACUGUCCCCUGGGUCCCACACUCUGGCUCUGAGGCAGAGGAUUGGUUCUGGGACAGCAGGAACCUCUUGUUUCAGGAGGUGGUGACCUUCGAGGACGUGGCUGUGCACUUUACCCAGGCAGAAUGGGCUGGCCUCUCUUCUGCACAGAGGGCCCUGCACAGAAGUGUGAUGCUGGAGAAUUACGGGAACUUGACAUCCCUGGGAUACACAGUUCCCAACUCUGCCCUCAUCUCACUUCUGGAGGGAAGGGACUUGCCUUGGGGCCUGGAGGCACAGAAUGACCCACCUGCAGAGAGGAGCACACACGUCUGUCAAGAUACCGAGACCAACAUUGGCAGUGAGUCCACAUCAGGACAGGGAAUUUCUGAAAACAGAGCCGUGGUGUUGUCUUGUGGUCUGCAGAAGAUUGCUCCUCAGAGAAGCAACUUCCUAGGAACAUGUAAACUGGAGAAGCACCAGGAAAUCUCCACAAGGAAACAUGGUAGAGGAAAGCUUCCCAGAAUCCACUGUGACGGGAAACCCUUCCGGUGUGAGGAAUGUGGGAAGUGUUUCAGCUAUUUUUCUCACUAUGUUAGACACCAGAGAAUCCACACUGGGGAGAAACCCUUUGUGUGUAAUGAGUGUGGAAAAGCCUUCAAUGGCAAUUCCUCAUUGAUUCGGCAUCAGAGGAUCCACACUGGAGAGAAACCCUAUCAGUGUGAGGAGUGUGGGAGAGCCUUCAAUGAUAACGCAAACCUGAUGAGGCAUCAGAGAAUCCACAGUGGGGACCGACCCUAUCACUGCCAGGAGUGUGGGAAAGGCUUCACCAGUAGUUCUGAGUUUGUUAUACAUCAGAGAAUCCACACUGGAGAGAAACCUUACGCGUGUAACGAGUGUGGAAAAGCUUUUGUUGGUAACUCACCACUACUUCGGCAUCAGAAAAUUCACAGUGGAGAGAAACCCUAUGAAUGUAAUGAAUGUGGCAAAAGCUUCGGAAGGACUUCCUAUCUUAUCCAACAUCAGCGUAUUCACACAGGGGAAAAGCCUUAUUCUUGUAAAAUAUGUGGGCAAGCCUUCAAUUUGCAUAAAAAAUUAACUCGACACCAGAGAGUCCACAGCGAUAAGAAACCCUUUGACUGUGUAGCUUGUGGAAAAGCCUUCAGUGCUCAGGAACAACUAAAAAGGCAUCUGAAGACCCAUAUUCAAGAGUCUUCCUAUGUAUGUGAUGAGUGUGGAAAAGUCUACACUAGCAAAAGAAGUCUUCUUCAGCACCAAAGAGUCCAUACUGGAAAGAAACCCUAUGGGUGUGUCAAGUAUGAAAAGACCUUUAGGACCUCUUCCCAGCUAGGUGACCUUGAGCAUGUCCACCCCGGAGAGAAGCCUGCGCUGGACAUUUGUCGUUUUGGCCUCCCAGAGUUUUUUACCCCCUUUGACUGGUAGUAUAUUCACUUCCCUUUGGGACUCCAUCUUCUACUCAAGAGUAGAAUGUGUGACACAGACCUGGCUUAGCCAUCGUUGUUGGUCAGUAGGUGACCCAAGAUGGUCCAAUUAGAGUUCCAGGAUGUGGCCAGAGUUAACAGGAAGAAAUACUGUUCUUUUUCCCUUAGUCUUAAAGCUGAGAGGAAUUCCUGGAUUAUUGUGGAAGCUGAGAAUAGAUUCAAUACUGCAGAAAAAAAAAAGAGUUGGAGAGUAAUCAGCCUUGACAAUUCCAUUUGAACAACUACAUUAAACUAUGUCUGAAGCUAGAAAUGUAUCUGGGCUUUUGAAUUCCAGUAACCAAUAAAUUCAGUUUUGUUUUUCUCAA